UCCGCAAACAUGGCGGAGGUCGUACUCCGUUUGGGCAGAAGCACUUUCAACGUUUCGCCGAAAAUUUGCGCUAAUUCCUCACUCAAAGCUCCAGGGAAGCACAGAAGAAGCACACUGCAUUCAUCGACGUUAUCCAACGGAGUUUUAUUCGUUGAUUUGAACUUUGACCGAGUGUAUGGAGACGUAUCAGUUGAGCUUUCACACGAUGAUAAAAGUGGAAGUCACGGACCCGGUUGUGGACGGCGCGGUCACGGCGACUCUUUGGCGAUUUUCGCCCCCCAAAGCAGUGCUCGUCCGGACUCCUGGUGGGGCCAUUUAACAUUCACCAGGACUUACGGAAAUGACGCCCGAGAGGAGCCUCUUCACAGAAGCAAAACGGGCUACUAUGACAUCCUCGGCGUGUCUCCCACGGCCACCCAUGCUCAGAUCAAAACCGCCUACUACAAGCAGUGCUUCCUCUACCACCCGGACAGAAACGCCGGCAACGACGAGGCCACCGUUCGCUUCUCGGAUAUCAGCGAGGCCUACUCGGUGUUGGGCCACAAGGGCUUGCGGAAGAAGUACGACCGCGGCCUCUUGAGCCAGCUCGACCUGACCACCAAGGCCCGCGCCGAACCCACCGCUUCCAAGUCCGCCGGAGGGAGCUCGUCGACGGCGGCGGCGGUGGACCGCCGAGGGACCAUGUUCGACUUCGACAAGUUCCUUCGCUCGCACUACGGCGAGCAACUCCAGAGGGACAGAGACAUUCGGCAACGGAAGGAGGAGAUGCUGAGGAAACGCAAGGAGUCGCUGGGCGAGAGGAACAAGGAGAGGGCCAUGGAGGUGGGCGUCCUCAUGAUGCUCGUCGCCGCCGUUGCCCUGGUGGCCACCUUGAGAGGAGCAUCCAGCUAAUGCGGGAAAAGUGCACAUUUUCACGGCUACUCCAGGAUUUUUGAUCAAGUGCAGUUCUUAAAAUCUUUGCCUCAUUACUGCCACCAAGGUAAUGUUGCGUGUGUAGUCACUGACAAAUCCAGCUUUUGUUUUGGGGUUUUAAAUGAGUAUUCGUUCACAGAUGUUCCUACAUUAAAAAUAAUCAAAAUGAAAUGAUCAGAAUUGGGGGAAAUUUUAUUUUAGGGCAAAAUGUAAAUACAUUUUUUAAAACAAAUGCUGUGUAGUUUCAGAAGCUGCAUAGCAUUAAACAGAGUUUAAAGUGGCACUAACCAGGCCCCAAAAAAAUGGCAGGUAAAUUCAACACACCUCAGAGAAGAGUAAUGUUAACAAGUUUACCAAAUUUGAAUGAAUAAAAAAAAAACGGAUGUGUUUAUGCCUUGGUGGAGGUCUUUUUGUUUUUUUAUCAACCUAAAUUAGAAGAAUGGCUGAUGCCUGUGUCACUGUUCACUUAUCUGCUUCAGUAGAAAGAACCUCACUGUACCACAAUUAAGCUCAUUUGACUUAUAAUAAGUCAUAUCACACUCAUAUUUAUUUAAACUUACUAUUUAUAAAUACUGUGGUGAUCAGUUUUGGUGACAAGUGCAAAGUUCUGGACAAAUGUGCCUUAAAUUGGGUGAGGCUUUAUUGUCCCGAUAUUGAAGUAAUAAAAGAGUUGUGCCUGGAAAA